AUGGACCGGGAGGUGAACAUGGCGUCAUCGCCGCCGGCUCCGGCGUCAGUCCCGCGCCCGAGGCUCAUCGUGCGCCUCAGGCUUCCACCGGCUUGGACGCCCGAGGAGGACGCGCUGCUGCAGCGGCUCGCCAAGGAGAACGGCUUCCGCCGCUGGAGCCGGAUCGCCAGGAGCAUGCCCCGCCGCCGCUCCGCCAGGUCCUGCCGCGACAGGUGGCGCCACCACCUCGCCCGCGACCUCUACCACCGCCCCUUCACCGCCCGCGACGACGACGAGCUCCUGCGCCUCCACCGCCGCCUCGGCGACUGCUGGAAGGAGAUCGGACGCGCGGUGUACGGCCGCACCUCCCGCGUCAUGAGGCGCCGCUGGAAGGAGCUCCGUCGUAGCGGCUUCGUCGCUUCCGCUGCCGCCGCCGCCGCCGCCAGGAAGGAGGAGCCCGCCGGCGCCGAGGACGCUGACGACGAAAUGGUGGAAAGCGACAAGGAGUCGUCGUCAGAGCCAGAGUCGCAGGGUCGUCUUGGUCUCACCAACGCUCUUGCAUCCAGCUUCGCUUCUUGCAGCCUUCGCGACGACCAGACGAUAGUCGGCAGCCUCGAGCUAGGGUUCGCGUGCAUGGCACUUUGA